AUGGCCAUGGUGGCCACAGGGGCUUGGACCCCCUUAUGUGGCUGUUACAUCCUCGUUGAUCACAAGCCCAUGUAUCUCCCCCACGUCAUGGUUGAUGUUCACGCAACCAUCCUUGACAACACCUCCCGUACAACCCUUACACAGACCUUCAUAAACCCUUCCCAAGACGUGCCCAUUGAAGAAGUUAAAUAUAUUUUCCCCCUUUUCGAUGGCGUCUCUGUGACCGCGGCCUCUUGCACUGUUGGAGACCGCACCAUCACAGGCGUGGUCAAAGAACGGCAAAAGGCUAAAGAAGCAUAUGAAGAGGCCAAGUCUCUUGGGAAAACAGCCGGUCUCUUCGAGCAAUCCCUUGAGGCCGCGGAUGUCUUCUUCACCUCCGUCGGCAACGUACCUGCAGGUGGGGAGGUAACUGUCGUCAUGACCUACCUCGGGGAGCUCAAGCACGAUGCUGAAAUAGACGGCGUUCGUCUUACUAUCCCUACUCGUGUCGUGCCACGAUAUGGCAACGCUACUAUCCGGGGCUCUUUGGUUCAGGAGAAAGGGAUGUCUAUCACUGUUGACACCGAAAUGGCCGAGGGAUCCACUAUCAAGUCUCUCCAAUCACCCUCUCAUCCUAUCUCGAUCAACAUCGGCAAGCUAUCCACAGAGUUAGAGGGCAGUUCUGAGCCCUCUCUCUGCAAGGCAUCUGCCACCUUAACUCAAGAUGUCUCUGCUUUAGAUAAGGACUUCAUCAUUGAGGUGGCGGCUACCAAACUAGGCGAGCCUAGUGCAUUCUUGGAGACGCACUCAACCAUUCCCGACCAACGCGCCCUCAUGGUUUCACUUGUGCCCAAAUUCAGACUGUCAUCAGAGAAGCCAGAGGUAAUGUUCAUAUGCGACCGCAGCGGAAGCAUGACCGGGAAAAUCCAAGGUCUUGUCAACGCCCUUCACAUAUUCCUCAAGUCCUUGCCCGUCGGGGUUAAGUUCAACAUAGCCAGUUUUGGCUCAAAGUAUUCGUUCCUCUGGCCAAGAUCCAAGACAUACGAUCAAGACUCUCUGGAUGAAGCUACAGACCACAUCAACACAUUUAGUGCCAACUAUGGAGGCACCGAAAUAUACAACCCGAUGGAGUCCGCUUUUCAACGCCAGUACAAGGACAUGAAUCUGGAGGUAUUCCUACUUACAGAUGGAGACAUAUGGGCUCAGGAGCGCCUGUUCAAGCUCAUCGAGACCCAAGUUACCGAGACCAAGGGGAAAACUCGGGUUUUCAGCCUCGGGAUCGGAUCUGGAGCCAGUAGUUCCUUGAUCGAAGGCGUUGCCCGCGCAGGGAAUGGGUUCGCACAGUAUAUCCAAGACGGCGAGAAAAUGGACAAGAAGCUGAUGCGAAUGCUCAAGGGCGCUCUUCUGCCCCAUGUGAGCGAUUACACUCUCGAAAUCAAGUAUGAGAGCGAACAGGAUCACAUGCAGCUUGAUGAUGAGGAUGAGGGGUUUGAGGUGAUCGAGUAUGUGCUGGACUCGCUGCACAUUGACACGAGUGAGCCAAGCAGCCCUCAGGCGUGGCCGACAGAGCCUCGCGACAAUGUGCCUCUGUUUGAUUCAAACUUUGAUGAAGGCGAUCGCACUUUGGAGGCUAGUGGAGAUAAAGCCGUCGACAAGUAUCAGCAUCUUCCUCACAUUGAAACACCUCGAUACCUCCAAACACCGACUGAGAUCCCACCGCUCUACCCAUUCUCCAGAACAAAUGUCUAUAUCCUGCUGUCGGAAUCAACGCCUCAGAGGAAAAUCAAGUCUGUGUUUCUGAACGGAGCAAGCCCACAGGGGAAUCUCACAUUAGAGAUCCCGGUUGUGAAUCUGACCCGGGAGUCCACAACCAUCCAUCAGCUUGCCGCCCGCAAAGAGAUCAAAGAGCUCGAGGAGGGUCGUGGCUGGCUUACCAAGGCCAAGGACAGCGAUGGGGAGCUUCUAAAGAACAAGCUGGAUGGUCGAUUUUCCGACAUGGUCGAGCGAGAGGCUGUCAGGCUUGGACUGCAGUUCCAGGUUAGCGGUAAAUGGUGCUCCUUUGUCGCCGUCGAAGGGUUAGUGAAUGAUGAAGCAGAAGGAAAAGGGAAGCAACCCCAGAGAAAUGAGGUUGCCGAAUCUUCCCGCAGCCCCAAUCAAAGCUCGUCAUCCAUGGGUGUCGCUAAAGCUACGGUCCCAAUGCGCGUGAGCACAGGGGGUAUGGCUCCUCGGAAGCAACUUGCGUCAAAUGCUGCUAGGAAGUCAGCCCCUUCGGUUACGCCGGUCCCAGUGAGGGGUCCCCGCAAGCAGCUUGCAUCCAAGGCCGCGAGAAAGUCUGCCCCUUCCACAGCACCAGUUCCUACAGCGAAAAGAGGAAAGGGGCUGGGUGUUGGUGGAGCGAUGAGGCACAGAAGGAUUGCGACUUCCCCAGCGCCGAGGGAAGAUGAUGGGGAACAAGCCGACAGCGAGGCAGGCAGUCCGGAGAAAAGGGUGAAUUUUGAUGGACUGGAGUCACCUGUUAGGAAAAGAACCAAACGAACUGCCACCAUUGACCCUUCCAACAAGCUCCAGGCACUCAUUUCUCUCCAGACAUUCAGCGGUACUUGGCUGUGGGGCUCCAGCCUCGAGAAGGUUCUUGGGAUCACUGCUGAGAGAGUCCUCGGUAUGAAGCUUCCCGCUUCUGUGCUCAAGCACGCGAGAAAGGAGGAUAUCUUAGCCACUGCUUGUGCCGUCGCCUUUUUGAAGAAGUCUUACCCUGGUGACAAGGAGUCUUGGGAGAUGUUGGUGGAUAAGGCUGAAGAGUCGGUGAAGUCUCAAAUUGGAGACGACCUCUACAAGUUGGAAAAGAUCCUCAAGGCUUUAUUUUAG